AUGGGAAAAGCCGGUCGCGUUGCGUGUAUCUUCACGCCCUAUGUCUUGACCAUCAUAUCAAUACUCUGCAUCAUUUUGGUGGGAUUGGGUUCCACAAGAUCCAGUUCCGAUACCUUGAAUGACUUAUACUUCGUUCGCUUCGAUCUCUCAAACAUUACCACGGGGUCGGAAACAUUAUCGAAAAUCGAAGAUAUCCUCAAAAAAGCCGAUAUCACUUCUGUCAAGGCAGAUGAAAUUGAGAAUACCAUAAAAAAGUUCCAGGACAAUGCCGACAUCGCUGACUUCUACGGCAUUGGUCUCUGGGGCAAUUGCAAGGGCAAUUCCACCAAGGGCAAGUUCGACGUUUCUUCUUGCACAGAGCCCAAGGCCCAGUACUACUUCAAUCCGUCUGAAAUCCUGGGCCUGAGUGAUGAGCAGCUUGAGAAGGAGCUGGGAAGCGGCUUUAAGAAGACCAUGAAUGUGUACAAGGCCGUUUCCAAGUGGAUGUUCAUUGCCUACGUGAUCGCCUUCAUUGCUACCGCUGCCCAGCUUCUCGUUGGUGUUGUCGCCAUCUUCAGCCGUUGGGGUAGCUGCGUCACGACUAUCAUUUCCCUGGUCGCUUUCCUUUUCACCCUUGCUGCAUCCCUGACUUCGACCAUCAUGUUCUCGAUUGCAAAGGGUUCCCUGGGCACACCUCUCAAGCUCUACGGUAUUAAGUUGAUUAUGGGUAAAAACAUGUUUGCCGCUACCUGGCUCGCAGUCGUCUUCUCGUUUGCCGCCACCCUCUUCUGGACGUUCAGCACUUGCUGCUGCUCCGGCCGUUCGCCCUAUGGCCACAAGGAUCGCGACCACGAUAGCGUCCCUGCCGAGAAGGCACCCUACAAUUACGAUCCCGUCGGUGCUGCGCACCCUCCUCCCUUCAGCUCUCAACCCAAUGCUCUCCAACACGGUUAUAACACCUCCUAUCCUACCCCUGCUUAUAACUACACCAACUACAACACCAACACCAACGACAACAACCAGCACUCGAGCGCCUAUGAGCCUUUCCGCCACGUCUAA